UAGCAUGCAUGUAUACAACUGGAGCGCUGUUCUGAAACCUCAUUUUCGUCUGGAGGCCGGCAAGCACGCUCUUACGCUCAAGGUCAUUCCUUACCGAGCUUUGGCCCCUAACAAUAACUUCUAACUGUUGCUAGCCCAGCAGUCGGUAGAGGCGAUAGGGUCACGGCUCGCCCCGCUCCAACGUUGCGUGGACACGUCCCGAAAGGUGCAAGAAUGGUCACACGACCUGACUUGGCAGAUGCGAUCAGAAGGGUCGUGCCCGUAACGGAAAGGGGUCGGCGUAUAACUUUGCUGGCCUUCAUCGCGACGCUUCCGGACGACACGCUUCAGAUGCUGCGACUAGAGGACGGCGACGAAACCCUCUUGGGCACGCUCGAGGUGCUCAAGCAAGGCGCGGCGUCUGGCCCUGGUCCGGGCAGCACGGGAGCUGGCGGCGCUGACGCUGGCACCAGCAACGCUGCUGCAGGCCCGCCAGCUUGCAAGCUGCAGCUCCGGCAAGACUCGCAGAACCAGGACCUGUUCUUCUUUGAGCCCAUGGACACCGUCAGCGCUGCAGCUGCCGCAAGUGCUGGCGUGAGCAGCAGGUUCUUCCUGGACCCCGAGGGCAGGCAGAUAGAUGAGCUGCAGGAUUGGCUGGGCCUCGCCGAGGACAUGCACCGUGAGGGCAGACCCAUCCCGCCGCUGUUCAUCAACGGUCUGGUCAAGAGUGGCAAGUCCUACAUGCUCAACGAGGUUCUGCCUGCUGUGGCCAACACCUACUACAGCAGCGGCGGCACGGUGCUUUCCAAGGCCAACUUCCUGCGCGUGGACUGCUUGGGCUGCACCCGCACCAGCGGCAACGGUGGCUUCCUUAAGGACUUUCUCGGUAAACUCAAUCAGAGUGCUGCUGACCAGCAGCUCUCUGCUGCUGCCUGCACGCCCUUACCCAGCGACCAAUCCGCGGGCGCCAUGGCGCGCGCCAUUCAGGACUUCAUGCGGCGCCUGCCACGGGACCGUCUGAACUUCCUGCUUAUCGACGAGGCGCAGAGCUUCUACCUGAUUGCGCGGCACGUGUCGGACGACUUUCCGCCGCGCGGCUCAACCCUGGACGUGAACGCGGUGCUGGACAUGCGGCGCAUCCUCAAGGAACUCCUGCUGGGCAGCCCCCACUGGGUCGCCUGGGCCGUCACGGGCAGCUCCAUGGCGACGCUAUGGGCCAACGUUGCUGCCACCCCGACCAACGGUUUCGCCCUGAUCAUGGACAACUUCCUACUCAACCUGAGCCCCACGGUGUCCAAGGGUGUGCUGCAAGUCGCCUGGGAGCAGCUCAAGGCCCAGGCCGCGAGCUGGGAUCCGGCACUGCCAAGCGACCUGGUCUGGCGGUCGCCGCCGCAGAUCGCCAUGCUCGCCUACUUGUGCCAGGAGUGGAGGUACAUCCGCACGGCUAACACAGCUGCGGAGCUGGUCAAGCAAACCAUGACGCGAAAGCUCAUUCCCGAGGUGCUGGCGGACCUGCGCAUGGUGCUGCAAGUGCUGGGCCAGCCUACUUCACAGGUGCUGCUCCUGCGCGAGCUGCUGGACCCGAUGGCUGGAGUGGAGCCCGCCAAGCUCCCGUUGGCGUUCGAGGCGCUGCUGGGCAGCUUCGCCACCGAGCGUAACGGCAGGCUGUACCUGGAUAACCCGCUGCUCGCUCAGGUGCUGCAGGCGGCCACCACGGAGUCCGGAGAGCUGUUGGACUCCAUCACCGCCAUCCCGUCGCUCAGCUCCACGAUGUUCAGGGAGCUGGCUGCGCUCGGCGAGUGCUGCAAGGACAAGGACUUCGACAGCUACGAGGACCUGCGCAGCCUCCUGGAAGACAUGGCAUCUGCGCUGGCGCUUACGCCGGACGGGCUGCUGAAGGCGGACUGGUACAUCCAGGUCCGGGACCACCGCUGCAACAGCCAAAGCAGCAAGAAGGUUGGGCUUCGCUGGUUCCACGUGAGGCUGCGCAACAUCCUCAGCCACGCCCCCAUCCCGGAGCAGCAGGAGGUCCUGCAGACCUACCCGUCAGAGCUGGCCGCAUUCCACAGCAGUGGUCGCAUCAGCACGGUGCUGACCAAGACGUACGAAAGCGCGGUGCUGACCAAGACGUACGAAAGCCCGAAGCCCAGGCGCAGCAAGGCCCGGGGUGCACCGGCCGCAGCAACGCCCAGGGCGCAGGUGCAGCCUCACGUGGGGCCCGCGCGCCCCAUUUUACUGCACUUCGGCAAGCGGCUGGGGCGUGCCGCCGUCGUCCAGCUGCGCUACAUGGGACGGAUGUGAGCGUUCAUUGCCACCUGUCAGGCCGUCUGAAUGUGGGCCGGGCGGGGCAGGGGGCUGAUGGCGACGCGGCGGUGAGGGCCGUCACUGUGGGGCUGUAGCGGCAGCGUGUAGGCACACAGCUAGGGCGUGCUUCGCGUUCGGGCUGCUUGCCUUUUUCCACUACUUGCAACAUUUGAGUAAGGGUACGAGCCAAGUACAUGGCACAAUGCAGAACUGUAGUAGGUGAUGUUGGCGAGGGGGCGAGAGCAUGUGUGCCAACGAAUGUCCAGGCAUGUGUGGCUUGCUGCCUGCGGUUGCCGGUGAGCGUUUAGCUAUCGUGCUGACUGGGAGGUAGGCAACAAUUUGAACCCAAAGAGUGGUUCCGGGCUUCACUGAUAUCUGAGCUCCACUGAAGCCCACUGGGCAUAACUGGGCUGGCUGUACGACAUUGUCGAAUGACAGGCGUCGAGGCGUGUAGCCGUUGUACGCAACAUGUAUAGGCGUUGGUGUACGGUGUCUGUCUGCGCGUGUCCAUCCAGAACUUGGGCGCUGGAGGAGUUGGUAAAAUGGAUGCAGCAUGUGUUUCUGGGAGUAGCCAACUCGUUAAGUGUGUUCUUGUUUGUAUACAGGGGGGCUACUGUUCGGGGCAGGCAGGGCACCAGCGGCGGACACUCCACGUUGCCGCGCUCGUUCUUGGGCACGAUACCGUCCACAGCAGUGGGCGGCUCCCAGGCAUCCGUCUGCCACUUGCCGUACAAGUUAACGGUGGGGCCAGCGGUGGCUGCCGCUGCUGCAUCGCUUCCCAGCUGCGGGGAAGGCAACAAAUGGGUGGGGAGUAGCAGGUGGUGGCGUUAAGGGGUACGAAACGAUUGAGGCGGUGUUCAGGACUGUUGCGUGGUUGCCCGUUGGCCCAUAGGUGUAACUCAUACUGCCAG